AAAACGUUAGCACGUAAUGUAAUGGAGUGCGGAUGUGAAGGGGCGCACUUGAUAGUUCAGAGACGCGUUGUUUCUCCGCAAGGUAUAAUUAAAAAAAGGAUUCGCACAAUUCUCGUGCCUCUACCACCGGUUCCGCUUCGCACGGACGAAUUUCCAACACUUUCAAGACAUCCGACGGGAGCUGCUCAAAGAGUUCGUCCCACUCCAAGUCCCCGGUCCCCGGCGGGUGAUACGCCUCAAGCCCCU